AUGAAGAAGGGAAGAGUGAGCCCCGAAUUUCCCGAUCUGGAGGUUAAACCAUCAAUGUCUGAUAGAUUCCAGUUCUCUGCAGGAAAUGCUCAAGACCUGGUGCAGAAGAAUAUUCAGGACACGGGGAGCUGUCGGCGUAUCCUGGAACAUUGGAGAAUGAUCCUCGUCAUCAUUAUUCCCAUCACUGCCAUGAUCGUCUUUUCAUCCUUCAACCUUAGCGAGGCAAUACAGCUGAAGAUGGCGACAGAUUCUGCCAUUACGCAGAUCAACUCCGCUCAACAGGUUGCUAGUCUUAUUCAAAUGCUUCAGCGAGAAAGGGGACGAUCCACCACUUAUCUCAGCAUUAAUGGAAACAUGUCAGAUGCCCGAGGUCUACUUCAGAUAGCACAACAGAACACGGACAAAAGUUUCCAAAAUGUGCCCUCAGGAAGUAAAAUAUUUUCUGUGACAAAUACAGAAUGUAUAAAAAGUGACAUACUUUCAAAUAUAAAAGAAAUGAGAGACAAAAUAUGGAAAUUUAAUCUCACAGUCUUAGAAGUUUUAGAUUUUUAUACAUGUGUAAAUAAUGUCUUGAUGAAUGAUAUCUUGUCCGAUGUAGAAGUCCCUGAAGGAAAGCAUCUUUAUUCCAAACUAGUCGUGCUUAUGGCCCUUCUCCGUCACAUGGACCUCGUGGGUAUUCAGAGGGCCAGAAUAGCUUACCUCUUCACAACGUGUGGAUUUACGGACAAUGAAUUCCGAAUAUACAAGUACAUUGAAGGAAAGUCAAAGUCAUAUCUAGACAUUGUAUUUGACUAUGACUCUAGUAUAAAGAACACGUACAAAGAGAGCGGCAUAGACCCGGAUGAAUAUCUCCAUGAAGUAAGUCAAAAAGUCUGGUCUCAGAGUUAUUAUUCUGAAUGCACGAACCAAAAAGAGGAUGAAAGGUUUGCGAUUAGCAUUGAAUGGUUUAAAAAUAUUACCCAAUUUAUUGACUUUGAUUUUGUCGUACAUUAUAAUUCUUCUAGAUUGUUGAAGGAAAAUCUUUCAGAAAUUCGAAGUGAUGCUGAGUUUCGUUUCGCAUUAUUCAUAUCCCUACAAGUGUUUGUGACGUUAUCAAGUUUCACCCUGCUAGCAUGGUACAUCUCGUGCGUAAACAGAAUGACGUUACGAUUGGCCAAGUACGCCAGUAAUAUCAAAUCCAAAACCAAGGAACUCGCCAAGGAAAAGCGGCUCACCGAUAAACUUCUUUAUCGUAUGUUACCUAUGAAAAUUGCAAUGCAACUCAAAUCGAAUGGAUGCGCACCUGCUGAGGAAUUUUCCCAAGCUUCUGUCUAUUUCAGUGACGUCGUUGGCUUCACUUCCUUGUGCAGUAGAUGUUCCCCUAUGCAAGUUAUUGACUUGCUGAACGAAAUGUAUUCUCUGUUUGAUGAUUGCAUUGACAAGUAUGACGUCUACAAGGUCGAGACAAUCGGAGAUGCCUACAUGGUCACUAGUGGAAUCCCUGUUCCAAAUGGACAUUUGCACGCACUACAUAUCUCCAAUAUGUCACUGGACAUUCGAGACAGCAUGGAUAACUUUCGUUCUCCUAUACACGACAACGAUAUCAUUAGGAUACGCAUUGGUAUACAUUCAGGUCCCUGUGUGACUGGAGUAGUAGGGAGGAAGAUGCCUCGAUACUGUCUGUUUGGUGACACCGUUAAUACGGCUGCCAGAAUGGAGUCAACAGGCGCAGGUGGAAGAAUUCAAAUAAGUUCCACAACUCAUGAAAUCAUCAGUCAUUGUGAUUAUUUUCAAUGCACGCCACGGGGAUGGAUAGAAAUCAAGGGUAAAGGGAAAAUGAUGACUUACUGGUUGGAUUCAUCAAAUCAGAAACCUGUUGUUACACUCAUUUCUUAACAUCCGUCAGCAUUUGUACGUUUUAUCGACCCUGUAGAUAAAAGUUUAAUUAAAGGUUCAAAAUCCUUGCAUCAUAGCGUAGAUUCAUCAAGAAUCCUCGGAACUGGCAAACGAAUUUGAUAUGAUUAGAAUCAAAGUACGUUGUGUGGAAAAAAACUGACAUGAACGUUUACAUUGCAUAUAAUUGAUGUGACUUUGAAAUCUUUUUUGCCAAGUAAUAUCUCACGGCAUUUUGUACAUGUUGGAAAGAAUGCGAAUCACCAAGGAACAGAAUACUGAUUCUAUGAUGCCAUAACCUCUUAUCGAAUUUUCAGUGGAGCCAUUGUGUAAAUUGAAUAAUUUGUCUGCACACCCUUGUAUAUUAUUUGUGAAAUAAAUGUUUAAAAAUUAUAUAGCGCUGAUAAGUACAUACCAUUUGGGUUUUUUUUUUUUGGAAAAUAUCAUUGUAACAGCUCACUCCCUACCAAUAACUAUUUGUUAGUCAGUCAAUCCAACGUGUUUGGGGCGUGCAUUUACUUAUAUGCAUGCAUAUGUAUACGAUUCCUACAACAAUGGGUGGUUAUGCAUUAAUGAGUAAGUGAAAAUAACGUACAGUGAAUCAAUCUCAUAAACUCUGUAAACAAUACAAAAUUAAGACUAGGACCUACACGGACCCUUGGUAUUUAGGAGGCGUAAGCAUCCCUUGUUAACCAGUCACUCGACAUGAUCCCUACAAUGUAUAUUGACCAGGUAAACGAAGU